AUGGUGCGUAGUUCUGUGAAAGUGAACGUUGUUUUCUCAGUGGUUUUCUUUGCUCUUUGCAAUCUGCGCACCGUCACUGGAGAUUUGAGCUACACGGUUCAAGAAGAAAUGAAACAUCGGCAUGUAAUUGGAAACGUAGCAAAGGAUCUAGGACUUGAUGCUUUAAAAUUAUCAGUGCGAAAGGCCCGGAUAGAUACAGAGGACAACAGCAAGCGGUAUGUGGAUAUUAAUUUAAAUACUGGAGAUCUGAUCAUUGCGGAAACAAUAGACCGAGAAAAGCUUUGCGACUCAAAGCAAAACUGUAUCCUGAAUUAUGAGCUUGUGUUGGAAAAUCCACUCGAACUGCAUCGAAUUUCCCUACAAAUUGAAGACAUUAAUGAUAAUGCGCCAAAAUUCUUAAAGGAACGCAUUACUUUUGAAAUCAGUGAAUCCGUUAAUAAAGGGCAGCGAUUCCGUUUGGAUGAAGCUCAUGAUUCAGACAUCGGCCAAAACGGAGUUAAAGGAUAUUCGCUGGAGAGGAACGACCAUUUUGUUUUGUCUGUGCAAGAUAAUAACAAUGGGCGAAAAUAUGCAGAGCUUGUGCUUGAAAAUGAACUGGAUCGUGAACAGCAAAAAGACAUUUAUUUAAUCCUUACUGCAUUUGAUGGUGGGAUUCCUCAAAGAUCUGGUACAGCUGGAAUACACAUUAUCGUGUUGGAUGCUAACGAUAAUAUUCCAGAUUUUAGUCAACCUGUAUAUAAAGUCACUUUGCUUGAAAAUGCCCCUUUAGGUACAGAAGUCGUCACUGUAAGCGCAUCAGAUGCUGACGAAGGAGCAAAUGGAGCUUUAACAUAUGAAAUUAGUCGCAUUACCGAGAGUGCAGCACAUUUAUUUACAAUUGAUAAGCAAACUGGGCAAAUUAAAGUGAGCGGACAUUUAGACUAUGAAGAGAAGAGGUACUAUGAAAUUGAAGCACAGGCCAUAGAUGGCCCUGGACUAGCAUCAACUGCAAGUAUUAUAAUAGAUAUAAUUGACAUCAAUGACAAUGAACCUCGAAUUAUUCUCAAGGCAUUAACUGACCCCAUACCCGAGAAUGCAAUGACAGGCACUGAAGUGGCCAUUAUUAAUGUUCAAGAUAAAGAUACUGGUGAUAAUCGCCAAAUCCGGUGCUCCGUUCAGGAAAACAUUCCUUUCAAAUUGAACCCAUCUAUUAAAAACUAUUUUUCUUUAGUUACAACAAGUUUGCUGGAUAGAGAAAAAGAUGCUGAUUACAACGUUACAAUUAUUGCUACCGAUGGAGGCUCUCCACCAUUAUCCUCCACCAUGACUAUACAUUUAUCAAUUUCAGACAUUAAUGACAACCAUCCAGUAUUUGAACAGGAAUCAUACAUUACAUACAUAGUUGAAAACAACAAACCAGGUAUCUCUAUUUGUUCUGUGACUGCGAGAGACCCAGACUGGAGACAGAAUGGUACAGUACUGUAUUCUUUAGUACCCAGUAAGGUCAACAGUGUUCCAGUAUCUUCGUUUUUGUCUAUUAAUGCCGAUACAGGGGUAAUACAUGCUAUGAAGUCAUUUGACUACGAGAGGUUUAGGAACUUCAAAGUUCAGGUUGUAGCUAGAGACAAUGGUUCUCCUCCACUCAGCAGCAACGUAACUGUGAGUGUGUUUAUAACAGAUGAGAAUGAUAACUCUCCACAAAUAUUAUACCCUUCUUCUGAUGGAAAGUCUUUUUUGACUGAGAUGGUUCCUAAAGCAUCUUCAUCAGGUUCCUUGGUUUCAAAAGUUAUUGCUGUUGAUGCGGACUCUGGACAGAAUGCUUGGUUGUCAUAUCAUAUUGUGAAAGCUACUGAUACUGGACUAUUUACUAUUGGACUUCAUAAUGGAGAAAUCAGAGUGCUAAGAGACAUUACUGAAUCUGAUACUAUGAAACAAAACCUUGUUGUCUCAGUGAAAGAUAAUGGCCAUCCUUCUCUCUCUGCGACCUGUUCUGUGUAUUUGCUUAUCUCUGAUAACCCUGCUGAAGGUCCAGAAUUUAAAGACACAACUUAUGAGGAGAGCAACUCCAAACUGACAUUUUAUUUGAUUAUUGCGCUAGUUUCUGUUUCCACCUUUUUUCUGACUUUUAUUGUUUUGAUUGUGGCCAUACAGUUUUGCAAUAGGAGAAAACCCAGACUGUUGUUUGAUGGUGCAGUUGCUAUUCCCAGUGCUUAUCUCCCUCCCAACUAUGCAGAGGUGGAGGGAGCUGGAACUCUUCGCAGUUCUUACAAUUAUGAUGGCUAUCUAACAACAGGAUCACGCACCAGUGACUUCAAGUUUGUCACAUCUUACAAUGACAACACAUUUAGUGGAACUUUGAAAAAGGAUCCUGAAGAUUCAAAUAUGAUCAACCUGUUAGAUGCCUGCAAUAGCCUAGAGGCGACCAUGUUGCGCAGCUCGGUGAACGUGAACGUUGUUUUCUCAGUGGUUUUCUUUGCUCUUUGCAAUCUGCGCACCGUCACUGGAGAUUUGAGCUACACGGUUCAAGAAGAAAUGAAACAUCAGUAUGUUAUUGGUAACACAGCAAAGGAUCUAGGACUUGAUGCUUUAAAAUUAUCAGUGCGAAAGGCCCGGAUAGAUACAGAGGACAACAGCAAGCGGUAUGUGGAUAUUAAUUUAAAUACUGGAGAUCUGAUCAUUGCGGAAACAAUAGACCGUGAAAAGCUUUGUGGCUCAAAGCAAAACUGUAUCCUGAAUUAUGAGCUUGUGUUGGAAAAUCCACUCGAACUGCAUCGAAUUUCCCUACACAUUGAAGACAUUAAUGAUAAUGCGCCAAAAUUUCUUAGGGACCGCAUUACUUUUGAAAUAAGGGAAUCAGUUAUAAAAGGGCAGCGAUAUCGUUUGGAUGAGGCUCAUGAUUCAGACAUCGGUCAAAACGGAGUUAAAGGAUAUUCGCUGGAGAGGAACGAUCAUUUUGUUUUGUCUGUGCAAGAUAAUAACAAUGGGCGAAAAUAUGCAGAGCUUGUACUUGAAAAUGAACUGGAUCGUGAACAGCAGAAAGACAUUUAUUUUAUCCUCACUGCAUUUGAUGGUGGGAUUCCUCAAAGAUCUGGUACUGCUGGAAUACACAUAAUUGUGUUGGAUGCUAACGAUAAUAUUCCAGUGUAUAGUCAACCUGUAUAUAAAGUAACUUUGCUUGAAAAUGCACCUUUAGGUACAGAAGUCGUCACUGUAAGCGCAUCAGAUGCUGACGAAGGAGCAAAUGGAGCCUUAACAUAUGAAUUUAGUCGCAUUUCUGAUGGUGCAGCACAUUUAUUUACAAUUGAUAAGCAAACUGGGCAAAUUAAAGUGAGCGGACAUUUAGACUAUGAAGAGGAGAGAUACUAUGAAAUUGAAGCACAGGCCAUAGAUGGCCCUGGACUAGCAUCAACUGCAAGUAUUAUAAUAGAUAUAAUUGACAUCAAUGACAAUGAACCUCGAAUUAUUCUCAAGGCAUUAACUGACCUCAUACCCGAGAAUGCAAUGGUAGGCACUGAAGUGGCCAUUAUUAAUGUUCAAGAUAAAGAUACUGGUGAUAAUCGCCAAAUCCGGUGCUCCGUUCAGGAAAACAUUCCUUUCAGAUUGAACCCAUCUAUUAAGAACUAUUUCUCUUUAGUUACAACAACUUUGCUGGAUAGAGAAAAGGACGCAGAUUACAAUGUUACAAUUAUCACUACCGAUGGAGGCUCUCCACCAUUAUCUUCCACCAUGACUAUACAUUUAUCAAUUUCAGAUAUUAAUGACAACCAACCAGCAUUUGAACAGGAAUCAUACAUUACAUACAUAGUUGAAAACAACAAACCGGGUAUCUCUAUUUGUUCUGUGACUGCGAGAGACCCAGACUGGAGACAGAAUGGUACAGUACUGUAUUCUUUGGUGCCCAGUAUGGUCAACAGUGUUCCAGUAUCUUCGUUUUUGUCUAUUAAUACUGAUACAGGGGUAAUACAUGCUAUGAAGUCAUUUGACUACGAGAGGUUUAGGAACUUCAAAGUUCAGGUUGUUGCCAGAGACAAUGGUUCUCCUCCACUCAGCAGCAACGUAACUGUGAGUGUGUUUAUAACAGAUGAGAAUGACAACUCUCCUCAAAUAUUAUACCCCUCUUCUGAUGGAAAGUCUUUUUUGACUGAGAUGGUUCCUAAAGCAUCUUUAUCAGGUUCUUUGGUCUCAAAAGUUAUUGCUGUGGAUGCAGACUCUGGACAGAAUGCUUGGUUGUCAUAUCAGAUUUUGAAAGCUACUGAUGCUGGACUUUUUACUAUUGGACUUCAUAAUGGAGAAAUCAGAGCGCUACGGGACAUUACUGAAUCUGAUAGCAUGAAACAGAACCUUGUUGUCUCAGUGAAAGAUAAUGGCCAUCCUUCUCUGUCUGCAACCUGUUCUGUGUAUUUGCUUAUCUCUGAUAACCCUGCUGAAGGUCCAGAAUUUAAAGACAGAACUUAUGAAGAGAGCAACUCCAAAAUUACAUUUUAUCUGAUUAUUGCACUAGUUUCUGUUUCGACCUUUUUUCUGACUUUUAUUGUUUUGAUUGUGGCCAUAAAGUUUUGCAAUAGGAGAAAACCCAGACUCUUGUUUGAUGGAGCAGUUGCUAUUCCCAGUGCUUAUCUCCCUCCCAACUAUGCAGAGGUGGAGGGAGCUGGAACUCUUCGCAGUUCUUACAAUUAUGAUGGCUAUCUAACAACAGGAUCACGCACCAGUGACUUCAAGUUUGUCACAUCUUACAAUGACAACACAUUUAGUGGAACUUUGAAAAAGGAUCCUGAAGAUUCAAAUAUGAUCAACCUGUUAGAUUCCUGCAAUAGCCUAGAGGUAAGACAAACGUUUUAUGCGACCAUGAUACGUAGCUCGGUGAACGUGAACGUUGUUUUCUCAGUGGUUUUCUUUGCUCUCUGCAAUCUGCGCACCGUCACUGGAGAUUUGAGCUACACGGUUCAAGAAGAAAUGAAACAUCAGUAUGUUAUUGGUAACAUAGCAAAGGAUCUAGGACUUGAUGCUUUAAAAUUAUCAGUGCGAAAGGCCCGGAUAGAUACAGAAGACAACAGCAAGCGGUAUGUGGAUAUUAAUUUAAAUACUGCAGAUCUGAUCAUUGCGGAAACAAUAGACCGUGAAAAGCUUUGCGGUGCAAGGCAAAACUGUAUCCUGAAUUAUGAGCUUGUGUUGGAAAAUCCACUCGAACUGCAUCGCAUUUCCCUGCAAAUCGAAGAUAUCAAUGACAAUGUACCAAAAUUUCUUAAGGAACGCAUUACUUUUGAAAUAAGGGAAUCCGUUAAUAAAGGGCAGCGAUUCCGUUUGGAUGAGGCUCAUGAUUCAGACAUCGACCAAAACGGAGUUAAAGGAUAUUCUCUCGAAAUCAACGAUAAUUUCGUUUUGUCUGUACAAGAAAAUAUUGAAAAGGUCAAAAAUGCAGAGCUGAUAAUCGAAAAGAAACUGGAUCGUGAACAACAAAAAUACAUUGACUUAAUUCUCACUGCAUUUGAUGGUGGGAUUCCUCAGAGAUCUGGGACCGCUGUUAUACACAUUACUGUGCUGGAUGCUAACGAUAAUAUUCCAGUGUUUAGUCAACCUGUAUAUAAAGUAACUUUGUUUGAAAAUGCACCUUUAGGUACAGAAGUCGUCACUGUAAGCGCAUCAGAUGCUGAUGAAGGAGCAAAUGGAGCUUUAACAUAUGAAUUUAGUCGCAUUUCCGAUGAUGCAGCACAUGUAUUUACGAUUGAUAAGCAAACUGGGCAAAUUAAAGUGAGCGGUAAUAUAGACUAUGAAGAGGAGAGGUACUAUGAAAUUGGUGUCCAGGCCAUAGAUGGUCCUGGUCAAGCAUCGACUGCAAAAAUUAUUAUAGAUAUCACUGACGUCAAUGACAAUGAACCGCGAAUCAUUAUCAAGUCACUAAAUAACCCCAUAACUGAAAAUGCAGAAGCAGGCACCGAAGUUGCUAUUAUAACUGUUCAAGAUAAGGAUUCAGGAGAUAAUCGAAAAAUACACUGCUCUAUAAAGGAAAACAUUCCUUUUAAAUUGAACCCAUCUAUUAAGAACUAUUUUUCUUUAGUUACAACAAAUUUGCUGGAUAGAGAAAAAGAUACGGAUUACAACAUUACUAUUACUGCUACUGAUGGAGGCUCUCCACCAUUAUCCUCCACCAUGAUUAUUCAUUUAUCAAUUUCAGACAUCAAUGACAACCAUCCAGUAUUUGAACAGGAAUCUUACAUUGCAUACGUAGUUGAAAACAACAAACCAGGAAUCUCUAUUUGUUCUGUGACUGCGAGAGACCCAGAUUGGAGACAGAAUGGUACAGUACUGUAUUCUUUAGUACCCAGUAAGGUCAACAGUGUUCCAGUAUCUUCGUUUUUAUCUAUUAAUACAGAUACAGGAGUAAUAAAUGCUAUGAAGUCAUUUGACUAUGAGAGGUUUAGGAACUUUACAGUUCAGGUUGUUGCCAGAGACAAUGGUUCUCCUCCACUCAGCAGCAACAUAACUGUGAGUGUGUUUAUAACAGAUGAGAAUGACAACGCUCCUCAAAUAUUAUACCCUUCUUCUGAUGGAAAGUCUUUGAUGAUGGAGAUAGUUCCAAAAGCUGCUCUGGCGGGUUCUUUAAUCUCAAAGGUAAUUGCUGUGGACGCAGACUCUGGACAAAAUGCUUGGUUAUCUUAUCAUAUUUUAAAAUUCACCGAUCAGGGAUUGGUCACCAUUGGUCUUCAUAGUGGAGAAAUCAGAGCACUGAGGGACAUAUCCGAAUCUGACAGCAUGAAACAAAACAUUGUCAUUUCAGUGAAAGACAACGGACAGCCUCCUCUCUCUGCAACCUGUUCUGUAUAUUUACUUAUUUCCGAUAACCUUGCUGAAGUUCCAGAGUUUAAAGAUGAGGUUUAUAAGGAGAGCAACUCCAAAAUGACUUUUUAUUUGAUUAUCGCACUGGUUUCCGUCUCCACCUUCUUUCUGACUUUCAUUAUACUGAUUGUGGCUGUGAAGUUUUGCCACAGAAGAAAACCCAGACUGUUGUUUGAUGGAGCAGUUGCUAUUCCCAGUGCAUAUCUCCCUCCCAACUAUGCAGAGGUGGAGGGAGCUGGAACUCUCCGCAGUUCUUACAAUUAUGAUGGAUAUCUAACAACAGGAUCACGCACCAGUGACUUCAAGUUUGUCACAUCUUACAGUGACACACUUCCUGCUAGUGGAACUUUAAAGAAGAGUCUAGAUGCGUCCAACAUGAUCAGUCUUUUAGAUUCCAGCAAUGACCAAGAGUCGUUGUGGACAGCCUUGGUCAUCGGGACAUUUGCUAUGCAUGUAUGUUUUGGUGAUAUCCGAUAUUCUAUUCCGGAGGAGAAGAAGCAAGGUUCUGUGGUCGGUAAAAUUGCACAGGAUUUAGGGAUAAACAGAAACAUGUUUUUAUCUCGAAAUCCAAGAAUUGAAUUUGAAGGGGGAUCUCGUUUUUGUGAAAUCAACGCCCAAACUGGAGAUUUGGUUGUAUCCGAGAGAAUCGAUCGAGAGGAGCUAUGUGGACAAAAGACAGUGUGUAUUUUAGAUUUCGAUUUUUUCAUUGAAAAUCCUUUGGAAUUACAUCGUGUGACAAUAGAAAUUGUGGAUAUAAACGACAAUUUUCCAAUUUUUCCCCACGCCGAGAUUUAUUUAGAGAUAACAGAAUCAGAAGACAAGGGGGCACGAUUUUCCAUAGACGAAGCCCUUGAUGCUGACAUAGGUGCUAAUACAGUACAACGGUACAUGCUGACAGAUAAUGAAUACUUCGGUUUAACUGUACACACGAAUGCAGAAACAGGAAAAUAUGCAGAAUUACUUUUGGAUAAUGAACUGGAUCGUGAGAAGCAGGACAAACACACCCUUUUAAUAACCGCAUAUGACGGGGGUAACCCUCCGAAAUCUGGAACUGUACUUGUUUCGAUUCGCAUUUUGGAUGUCAAUGAUAAUAAGCCAGUAUUUAAAAAUCUAAUAUAUAAGGUGAGCAUUCCUGAAAAUAUUCCAUUAGAAUCUCUAGUGGUAACUGUUAAUGCUACUGAUGCAGACGACGGACCAAAUGGCGAGGUUACAUACGAAUUUAGUCACAUUUCUGGAAAGGCUAAAGGUCUUUUUUCAAUUGAUCCCAAAACCGGCCAAAUAGUUAUUAAAGGAAAGAUCGAUUUUGAGGACACGUCGUCAUUUGAAAUUCGGAUUAAGGCCAAAGAUGGAGCUGGGCAAGCAUCCACUUGCAAAGUAAUCAUAGAUGUUAUUGAUGUAAACGAUAAUGCCCCAGUUAUAAUGGUAAAGUCACUAAAGUCACCUGUGGCUGAGAACUCAUUGAUAGGUGAAGAGGUUGCGCUACUAUAUGUGCAAGACAAAGACAUGGAAUCCAGCGGCACUGUCAAAUGUAUGGUUCAAAACGAUGCUCCAUUUAAAUUAAAACCAUCUGUUAAAAACCAUUUUUCCCUGGUUACAUCGUCCAUCCUAGAUCGUGAAAAGACUUCAGAGUAUAAUAUUACAAUUAUAGCGAUGGAUGAGGGUUCUCCUCCCCUUAGUUCAUACAAAUCAAUUUUGUUAUUAGUUGCAGACGUGAACGAUAACUAUCCAGAAUUUGAUGAGCAAAAGUAUAGUGCAUAUGUAGCUGAAAAUAACAAACCAGGCAUCUCUAUUUGUUCUGUUCUUGCGACAGACCCAGACUGGGGACAGAAUGGCACAAUACUGUAUUCUCUUAUGCCGGGUGAAAUAAAUGGUGUUCCAGUGUCUUCUGUUUUAUCAGUUAACCCUGACUCUGGUGUGAUCCAUGCAGUAAGAUCUUUUGAUUAUGAAAAGUUCAGGAACUUCAAGGUCCUAAUUGCAGCCAGAGACAAUGGAUCUCCUCCACUCAGCAGCAACGUGACUGUUAAUGUGUUCAUAACAGAUGAAAAUGACAACACUCCACAGAUAUUAUAUCCUGCCCCGGAGGAAAAGUCUUUAAUGACCGAAUUGGUCCCUAAAGCUGCUCUUUCAGGUUCUCUGAUAUCCAAAGUGAUCGCUGUUGAUGCUGAUUCUGGUCAGAAUGCGUGGCUAUCAUUUCAUAUUUUUCAAUGUACUCAGCUGGGACUUUUCAGCAUUGGUCUCCAUAGUGGAGAAAUCAGAGCACUCAGAGAUAUUACUGAAUCUGAUAGCAUGAAACAAAACCUUGUUAUCUCAGUAAAAGACAACGGACAGCCUCCUCUUUCUGCCACCUGUUCUGUAUAUUUAUUGAUUUCUGAUAAUUCUGCUGAAGUUCCAGAACUUAAAGAUAUGACAGAGAGCAGCUCAAAACGGACUUUUUAUUUAAUCAUUGCAUUAGUUUCUGUUUCCACCUUCUUUCUGACGUUCUUUAUUCUCAUCGUGGCUGUGAGGUUUUGCCACAGAAAAAAUCCCAGACUGUUGUUUGAUGGCGCAGUCGCCAUUCCCAGCGCUUAUCUCCCUCCAAACUAUGCAGAGGUGGAGGGAGCUGGAACUCUCCGCAGUUCUUACAAUUAUGAUGGAUAUCUAACAACAGGAUCACGCACCAGUGAUUUCAAGUUCGUCACACCAUACAAUGACAAGACUCUUAGUGCUAGUGGAUCUUUGAAGAAGAGUCCAGAUGAUUCCAAUAUUAUCAGUCUUUUAGAUUCCUGCAAUACCCCAGAGGGAGAUUUCUCUUAUACAGUACCAGAAGAAACAAAGCGCCAGUAUGUAAUUGGAAACCUCGCAAGGGACCUAAGAGUCGAUGCUUUACAAAUGUCGACACGAAAAGCUCGGAUAGAUACCGAAGACAGCAGCACGCGGUAUGUGGAUAUUAAUUUGGGUACUGGAGAUUUAUUCAUUUCCGAGACAAUAGACCGGGAAACGCUUUGCGGCUCAAGACACACCUGCAUUCUAAAUUAUGAACUCGUCAUGGAAAAUCCACUCGAGUUGCACCGCAUUUCAAUGACUAUUGAAGAUAUAAAUGACAAUUCACCAAAAUUUAUUAAUGAACGCAUUACAUUAGAAAUCCGCGAGUCCGCUAUGAAAGGGCAGCGAUUUCGUUUGGAUGAAGCUCAUGAUUCAGAUAUCGGGCAAAAUGAAGUUAACAGUUAUACGCUUGAGAAGAACGAUCAUUUUGUUUUGGCUGUACAGGGGAACACUGAAAGAGGAAAAUAUGCUGAACUGGUGCUUGAAAAGGAACUGGAUCGUGAAUAUCAGAAGGACAUUGAUCUGAUUCUUACUGCAUUUGACGGCGGCAUUCCUCCGAGAUCUGGGACUGCUGUUAUACACAUAACUGUGCUGGAUGCUAACGAUAACGUUCCUCUGUUUAGUAAGCCCGUUUAUAAAGUCACUUUGGCUGAAAAUGCACCUUUAGGGACAGAAGUCGUUACCGUGAGCGCAUCUGAUGCAGAUGAAGGGGCGAAUGGAGCUGUAACAUAUGAAUUUAGUCGCAUUUCUGAUAAUGCAGCAGAACUAUUUACCAUUAGUAAGCUAACUGGAGAAAUUAAGGUUAAAGGAAAUAUCGACUACGAGAAAGAAAAGUAUUAUGAAUUUAAAGUCCAAGCCAAAGAUGGAUCUGGCUUAGCAUCUACUGCAAACGUUAUUAUUGAAAUUACUGAUGUAAAUGACAACGCUCCUAAAAUUACUCUUAAAUCUCUGAACAAUAAUAUACCCGAGAAUGCCGUUGUAGGUACCGAAGUUGCCAUUAUUAAUGUGCAGGAUAAAGAUUACGGAGAAAAUCGUCAAAUACACUGCUCUAUUCAGCAGCAUGUUCCAUUUAAACUAAAUGCCUCUAUUAAAAAUUAUUUUUCUUUAAUAACUACAGGUUUGCUUGAUCGAGAGAGGGAAUCAGUUUACAACAUAACAAUCACUGCUACUGAUGGAGGCUCUCCAUCAUUAUCCUCCACCAUGACUAUUUAUUUAUUAAUUUCAGACAUUAACGACAACCCCCCUGUAUUUGUGAAACAAAGCUAUAGUGCGUAUGUAGUUGAAAACAAUGCACUAGGAACUUCGGUUUGUACUGUAAGUGCAAGAGAUCCAGACUGGAAUCAAAACGGUACAGUACUGUAUUCUCUGGUUCCCAGAGAGGAAAAUGGUGUUUCGGUUUCCUCGUUUUUAUCCAUUAAUGCAGAUACUGGUGUGAUUCAUGCAGUGAAAUCAUUUGACUACGAGAAGUUCAGGAACCUUAAAGUUCAGGUUGUAGCCAGAGACAAUGGUUCUCCUCCACUCAGCAGCAACGUGACUGUCAACGUGUUUAUAACCGAUGAUAAUGAUAACUCUCCACAAAUAUUAUACCCUACUCCAGAUGGAAAGUCUUUUAUUACUGAGAUGGUACCUAAAACAGCUAUAUCGGGCUCUCUCGUUUCCAAAGUGAUCGCUGUUGAUGCAGAUUCUGGACAGAACGCUUGGUUAUCAUAUCAUAUUGUAAAAUUCACUGAUCCGGGACUUUUUGCCAUUGGUCUCCAUAACGGAGAGAUUAGGGCACUAAGGGACAUUACUGAAUCUGACAGCAUGAAACAAAAUCUAGUUAUCUCAGUAAAAGAUAACGGACUGUCUCCUCUUUCAUCAACUUGUUCUGUAUACUUGGUGAUUUCUGAUAAUCUUGCUGAAGUUCCAGAACUUAUGGACACAACUUAUGAGACCAGCAACUCUAAAGUGACAUUUUAUUUGAUCAUCGCGCUGGUUUCCGUGUCCACCUUCUUUCUGACUUUUAUUAUUCUUAUCGUGGCUGUGAAGUUUUGCAAUAGGAGAAAACCUAGACUGUUGUUUGAUGGAGCAGUGGCUAUUCCCAGCGCGUAUCUUCCUCCCAACUAUGCAGAAGUGGAGGGAGCUGGAACUCUCCUCAGUUCUUACAAUUCUGAUAGAUAUCUAACAACUGGAUCACGCACCAGUGACUUCAAGUUUGUCUCCUCUUACAAUGACAACACUCUUGUUUACAAUGACACGUUGAGAAAAAAUCCAGACCAAUGCAACAUAAUCAGUCUUUUAGAUUCCAGCAAUAACCUAGAGAUGAAGGUAAAGGCAGAUGAAGACAAUUACAGCUUUGAUUCUGGCACAUGGUCUCAUAUCCUAAAUGAAGAGAUCUGGAACAUGACCAGAUUAGCCUGCACACUUAGUUUCAAGAGAGCAAAAGUGUACCCACACAGUGCAUCUAAGUGCAUUGACAUCACUGGCCACUGUACUGAGUGCAAUGCAAAAUUGUGCAUUUCCAGUGAGAGUCUACCAGAGGUGAGCACACCAGCAGUGCUAAAAUGCAGAAUUGAUUACAGUCUUCAUACUGGAAAGGCAAAGCACAUGCUAUCUGGAGAGAAAAGACUUCCGGUCUUUGAAGAACUCUGGCAGGGUAAAAAACUGUGGCGAGCCACAGAGGCUUACAAGAUAAUGCAACUCGUUCUGUCCUCACAUGGAGAUACUUCUAUUCACAUCCCAGUGGUGCAAAUGCUGUCUGAGCGGCAUGACAUUAACGCCAUAUCAAACUGGGUCUCUGAAUGGCUUAGAGGAGGAGCAUCUGUACCAAAAGAAGUUGUUUCUGAUUUCUCUCUUGCAUUACUGGGUGGUCGUGUUAAGGCCUUUACUCCUUACUCUGCGCCUUUUUUCUUCUUUUGCUCUUCUGCCAUCGGUGAAUUGACCUACGCAGUGCCAGAGGAAACAAAGCGCCAGUUUGUGAUUGGAAAUGUCGCUAAGGAUCUCGGAAUCGACACAUUCAAAUUAUCAGUACGUAAUGCCCGAAUAGAUACAGAUGACAACAGAAAGCGUUAUGUAAAUAUUAAUAUAAAGACUGGCGAUUUGGUCGUGGCGGAGACAAUAGACCGGGAAAAGCUUUGCGGAAUAAGGCAAAAUUGCAUCUUAAAUUUUGAUCUUGUCUUUGAAAAUCCACUGGAAUUGCAUCGUAUUUCUCUAAAAAUUGAAGAUAUCAACGACAAUGCGCCAAAAUUCAUUAAUGAACGCAUUGCCUUCGAAAUCCAAGAGUCCGCUAUGAAAGGGCAGCGAUUCCAUUUGGAUGAAGCUCAUGAUUCAGAUAUCGGGCAAAAUGAAGUUAACAGUUAUACGCUUGAGAAGAACGAUCAUUUUGUUUUGGCUGUACAGGGGAACACUGAAAGAGGAAAAUAUGCUGAACUGGUGCUUGAAAAGGAACUGGAUCGUGAAUAUCAGAAGGACAUUGAUCUGAUUCUUACUGCAUUUGACGGCGGCAUUCCUCCGAGAUCUGGGACUGCUGUUAUACACAUAACUGUGCUGGAUGCUAACGAUAACGUUCCUCUGUUUAGUAAGCCCGUUUAUGAAGUCACUUUGGCUGAAAAUGCACCUUUAGGGACAGAAGUCGUUACUGUGAGCGCAUCAGAUGCAGAUGAAGGGGCGAAUGGAGCUGUAACAUAUGAAUUUAGUCGCAUUUCUGAUAAUGCAGCAGAACUAUUUACCAUUAGUAAGCUAACUGGAGAAAUUAAGGUUGGAGGAAAUAUCGACUACGAGGAAGAAAAGUAUUAUGAAUUUAAAGUCCAAGCCAAAGAUGGAUCUGGCUUAGCAUCUACUGCAAACGUUAUUAUUGAAAUUACUGAUGUAAAUGACAACGCUCCUAAAAUUACUCUCAAAUCUCUGAACAAUAAUAUACCCGAGAAUGCCGUUGUAGGUACCGAAGUUGCCAUUAUUAAUGUGCAGGAUAAAGAUUACGGAGAAAAUCGUCAAAUACACUGCUCUAUUCAGCAGCAUGUUCCAUUUAAACUAAAUGCCUCUAUUAAAAAUUAUUUUUCUUUAAUAACUACAAGUUUGCUUGAUCGAGAGAAGGAAUCAGGUUACAACAUAACAAUCACUGCUACUGAUGGAGGCUCUCCAUCAUUAUCCUCCACCAUGACUAUUUAUUUAUUAAUUUCAGACAUUAACGACAAUCCUCCUGUGUUUGUGAAACAAAGCUAUAGUGCGUAUGUAGUUGAAAACAAUGCACUAGGAACUUCGGUUUGUACUGUAAGUGCAAGAGAUCCAGACUGGAAUCAAAACGGUACAGUACUGUAUUCUCUGGUUCCCAGAGAGGAAAAUGGUGUUUCGGUUUCCUCGUUUUUAUCCAUUAAUGCAGAUACUGGUGUGAUUCAUGCAGUGAAAUCAUUUGACUACGAGAAGUUCAGGAACCUUAAAGUUCAGGUUGUAGCCAGAGACAAUGGUUCUCCUCCACUCAGCAGCAACGUGAAUGUCAACGUGUUUAUAACCGAUGAUAAUGAUAACUCUCCACAAAUAUUAUACCCUACUCCAAAUGGAAAGUCUUUUAUUACUGAGAUGGUUCCUAAAACAGCUAUAUCGGGCUCUCUCGUUUCCAAAGUGAUCGCUGUUGAUGCAGAUUCUGGACAGAACGCUUGGUUAUCAUAUCAUAUUGUAAAAUUCACUGAUCCGGGACUUUUUGCCAUUGGUCUUCAUAACGGAGAGAUUAGGGCACUAAGGGACAUUACUGAAUCUGACAGCAUGAAACAAAAUCUAGUUAUCUCAGUAAAAGAUAACGGACUGUCUCCUCUUUCAUCAACUUGUUCUGUAUACUUGGUGAUUUCUGAUAAUCUUGCUGAGGUUCCAGAACUUAUGGACACGACUUAUGAGACCAGCAACUCUAAAGUGACAUUUUAUUUGAUCAUCGCGCUGGUUUCCGUGUCCACCUUCUUUCUGACUUUUAUUAUUCUCAUCGUUGCUUUGAAGUUUUGCCACAGGAAAAAACCUAGACUGUUGUUUGAUGGAGCAGUGGCUAUUCCCAGCACGUAUCUUCCUCCCAACUAUGCAGAAGUGGAAGGAGCUGGAACUCUCCUCAGUUCUUACAAUUAUGAUGGAUAUCUAACAACUGGAUCACGCACUAGUGACUUUAAGUUUGUCACAUCUUACAAUGACACUACAAUGACAUCUGAUGGCACUUUAAGAAAGAAAUCUGAAGAUAACAAUAUAAUCAAUCUUUUAGAUUCCUGCAACAUCUUAGAGGAAAAUUUUACAGUUGCCAGAAUGGAAAGAAAGAUAAGCAAAUUUCCAACAGUAUUUAUCUUGACCUGGAUGUGCAUUUUUGUUCGCGUAGUCUGUGGAGAUUUGAGCUAUACUAUUCCAGAGGAGACAAAGCGGCAGUAUGUAGUUGGAAAUAUAGCAAAAGAUCUCGGAUUGGACGCCAAACGCUUAUCCGCUCGUAGGGCUCGGAUAGAGACAGAGGACAGCGCGAAACGGUAUUGCGACGUUAAUCUGAACACUGGAAAUUUGGUCGUAACGGAGAUAAUAGACCGGGAGGAGCUUUGUGGAUCGAGAAUUUCUUGUAUUUUAAAUUUCGAACUUGUACUGGAAAAUCCUCUUGAAGUGCAUCGCAUUUCACUACAGAUAGAGGACGUAAACGAUAAUUCUCCUCAUUUUCUCAGUGAGCGUAUACGAUUUGAGAUUAGAGAGUCUGCUGAUAAAGGCGAGCGUUUCCCUUUGGAUGAAGCUCAUGACUUGGACAUAGGACCUAAUGCGGUUCAAGGAUACGUAUUGCAAAAGAACGACUAUUUUUUGUUGUCUGUGUAUGAUAAUGCAGAUGGAGGAAAACAGGCUGAAUUGGUACUGGAGAAAGAACUGGAUCGAGAAAAACAAAAAGACAUCGAAUUAAUAAUUACCGCAACUGAUGGUGGAAAUCCACGGAAAUCAGGCACUGCUGUUAUCCAUGUUACUGUUCUAGAUGCCAACGACAACAUUCCCGUGUUUAGUCAAACUGUCUAUAGAGUAAGUCUGCCUGAAAACAUACCUACAGGCACAGAAGUGAUAACAGUUAGCGCAGCGGAUGCUGAUGAAGGGGUAAAUAGUGAAGUCACAUAUGAGCUCAGUCGCUUGUCUGAUAAAGCAGCAAAAUUAUUUUCUAUUGAUAAAACAACUGGGGUCAUUAGGGUAAGUGGUCACAUAGAUUAUGAAGCAGAAGUUAUGUAUGAAAUUAAGGUGCAGGCAAAAGAUGGUCCUGGCCUUGCAUCAUCUGCAAAAAUCAUCAUUAAUAUUACUGACCUCAAUGAUAAUGCACCUCGAAUAAUUCUUAAAUCUUUAAAUAACCCCAUACCAGAGGAUUUAGCAGUAGGCACUGAAGUAGCCAUCAUAAAUGUUCAGGAUAAAGAUUCAGGAGAUAAUCGACAGAUACGUUGCUCUGUUCAGGAAAACAUUCCCUUUAAACUAAAUCCAUCCAUUAAGAACUAUUUUUCUUUAGUAACCACAAGUAUGCUGGAUAGAGAGAAAGAUGCGGAAUACAACAUUACAAUUAUUGCUGCUGAUGGUGGCUCUCCAUCAUUAUCCUCCACCAUGACUAUUCAUUUGUCAGUUUCAGACAUUAAUGAUAACAGUCCUCUGUUCACAGAGCAAUCCUAUGUUGCGUAUAUGGUUGAAAACAAUGAGCCAGGUACCUCUAUUUGUUUGGUUUCUGCAAAAGACCCAGACUGGAAACAGAACGGCACAGUACUAUAUUCUAUGCUGCCCACUGAAGUCAACGGACUUCCAGUGUCAUCAUAUAUAUCAAUUAAUGCAGACACUGGGGUGAUACAUGCUGUAAGAUCACUUGACUACGAGAAAUUCAGGAACUUUAAAGUCCACGUUGUAGCCAGAGACAAUGGUUCUCCUCCACUCAGCAGCAACGUGACAGUGAGUGUGUUUAUAACAGAUGUGAAUGAUAACUCUCCACAAAUAUUAUACCCUACAUCCGACGCAAAGUCUAUGAUGACUGAGAUUGUUCCUAAAGCUGCUCUCUCAGGUUCUCUGAUCUCCAAAGUCAUUGCUGUGGAUGCAGAUUCUGGACAGAAUGCGUGGUUAUCAUAUAUGAUUUUGAAAUCUACUGAUUCGGGAUUAUUUGCUAUUGGUCUCCAUAGUGGAGAAAUCAGAGCACUGAGGGAUAUCACUGAAUCUGACAACAUGAAACAAAACCUUGUUAUUUCAGUAAAAGAUUAUGGACAGCCUUCUCUCUCUGUAACCUGUUCUGUAUAUUUACUGAUUUCUGAUAACCUUAAUGAGGUACCAACUUUUAAGGACUUUAACAAUGAGGAAAGUGACUCCAAACUGACGUUUUAUUUGAUCAUCGCGCUGGUUUCCGUCUCCACCUUCUUUCUGACUUUCAUUAUUCUUAUCGUGGCUGUGAAGUUUUGCCACAGGAGAAAACCUAGAUUGUUGUUUGAUGGAGCAGUAGCUAUUCCCAGUGCAUACCUUCCUCCCAACUACGCAGAAGUGGAGGGAGCUGGAACACUUCGCAGUUCUUACAAUUAUGAUGGAUAUCUAACAACAGGAUCACGCACCAGUGACUUUAAGUUCAUCACAUCUUACAGUGACAACAGAUUCACUGCUAGUGAUACCCUAAAAAUAAGUCAGAAUGAUCCUUUUGGCCCAAAUGAAGAUACUGAUGAGGAAAAUUUUACAGUUGCCAGAAUGGAAAGACAGAUAAGCAAAUUUCCAACAGUAUUUAUCUUGACCUGGAUGUGCAUUUUUGUUCGCGUAGUCUGUGGAGAUUUGAGCUAUACUAUUCCAGAGGAGACAAAGCGGCAGUAUGUAGUUGGAAAUAUAGCAAAAGAUCUCGGAUUGGACGCCAAACGCUUAUCCGCUCGUAGGGCUCGGAUAGAGACAGAGGACAGCGCGAAACGGUAUUGCGACGUUAAUCUGAACACUGGAAAUUUGGUCGUAACGGAGAUAAUAGACCGGGAGGAGCUUUGUGGAUCGAGAAUUUCUUGUAUUUUAAAUUUCGAACUUGUACUGGAAAAUCCUCUUGAAGUGCAUCGCAUUUCACUACAGAUAGAGGACGUAAACGAUAAUUCUCCUCAUUUUCUCAGUGAGCGUAUACGAUUUGAGAUUAGAGAGUCUGCUCACAAAGGCGAGCGUUUCCCUUUGGAUGAAGCUCAUGACUUGGACAUAGGACCUAAUGCGGUUCAAGGAUAUGUAUUGCAAAAGAACGACUAUUUUUUGUUGUCUGUGUAUGAUAAUGCAGAUGGAGGAAAACAGGCUGAAUUGGUACUGGAGAAAGAACUGGAUCGAGAAAAACAGAAAGACAUCGAAUUAAUAAUUACCGCAACUGAUGGUGGAAAUCCACGGAAAUCAGGCACUGCUGUUAUCCAUGUUACUGUUCUAGAUGCCAACGACAACAUUCCCGUGUUUAGUCAAACUGUCUAUAGAGUAAGUCUGCCUGAAAACACACCUACAGGCACAGAAGUGAUAACAGUUAGCGCAGCGGAUGCUGAUGAAGGGGUAAAUAGUGAAGUCACAUAUGAGCUCAGUCGCUUGUCUGAUAAAGCAGCAAAAUUAUUUUCUAUUGAUAAAACAACUGGGGUCAUUAGGGUAAGUGGUCACAUAGAUUAUGAAGCAGAAGUUAUGUAUGAAAUUAAGGUGCAGGCAAAAGAUGGUCCUGGCCUUGCAUCAUCUGCAAAAAUCAUCAUUGAUCUUACUGACCUCAAUGAUAAUGCACCUCGAAUAAUUCUUAAAUCUUUAAAUAACCCCAUACCAGAGGAUUCAGCAGUAGGCACUGAAGUAGCCAUCAUAAAUGUUCAGGAUAAAGAUUCAGGAGAUAAUCGACAGAUACGUUGCUCUAUUCAGGAAAACAUUCCCUUUAAACUAAAUCCAUCCAUUAAGAACUAUUUUUCUUUAGUAACCACAAGUAUGCUGGAUAGAGAGAAAGAUGCGGAAUACAACAUUACAAUUAUUGCUGCUGAUGGUGGCUCUCCAUCAUUAUCCUCCACCAUGACUAUUCAUUUGUCAGUUUCAGACAUUAAUGAUAACAGUCCUCUGUUCACAGAGCAAUCCUAUGUUGCGUAUAUGGUUGAAAACAAUAAGCCAGGUACCUCUAUUUGUUCGGUUUCUGCAAAAGACCCAGACUGGAAACAGAACGGCACAGUACUAUAUUCUAUGCUGCCCACUGAAGUCAACGGACUUCCAGUGUCAUCAUAUAUAUCAAUUAAUGCAGACACUGGGGUGAUACAUGCUGUAAGAUCACUUGACUACGAGAAAUUCAGGAACUUUAAAGUCCACGUUGUAGCCAGAGACAAUGGUUCUCCUCCACUCAGCAGCAACGUGACAGUGAGUGUGUUUAUAACAGAUGUGAAUGAUAACUCUCCACAAAUAUUAUACCCUACAUCCGACGCAAAGUUUAUGAUGACUGAGAUUGUUCCUAAAGCUGCUCUCUCAGGUUCUCUGAUCUCCAAAGUCAUUGCUGUGGAUGCAGAUUCUGGACAGAAUGCGUGGUUAUCAUAUAUGAUUUUGAAAUCUACUGAUUCGGGAUUAUUUGCUAUUGGUCUCCAUAGUGGAGAAAUCAGAGCACUGAGGGAUAUCACUGAAUCUGACAACAUGAAACAAAACCUUGUUAUUUCAGUAAAAGAUUAUGGACAGCCUUCUCUCUCUGUAACCUGUUCUGUAUAUUUACUGAUUUCUGAUAACCUUAAUGAGGUACCAACUUUUAAGGACUUUAACAAUGAGGAAAGUGACUCCAAACUGACGUUUCAUUUGAUCAUCGCGCUGGUUUCCGUCUCCACCUUCUUUCUGACUUUUAUUAUUCUUAUCGUGGCUGUGAAGUUUUGCCACAGGAGAAAACCUAGAUUGUUGUUUGAUGGAGCAGUAGCUAUUCCCAGUGCAUACCUUCCUCCCAACUACGCAGAAGUGGAGGGAGCUGGAACACUUCGCAGUUCUUACAAUUAUGAUGGCUAUCUAACAACAGGAUCACGCACCAGUGACUUCAAGUUCAUCACAUCUUACAGUGACAACAGAUUCACUGCUAGUGAUACCCUUAAAAUAAGUCAGAAUGAUCCUUUUGGCCCAAAUGUUAUCAAUGAAGAUACUGAUGAGGUGAGAUACACGUCUUGA